AUGUCACAUACACAUUGCGCUAUACUAGGGUGCAAAAACACAAUAUUUAAUAAGCCCAUUGGUGUAUCUUUUCAUGCAUGUCCAAGCAACAGUGAAUUAAGAAGCAAAUGGCUGCAAAUGUUAAAAAAAAAGUGUACAGUUCUUGACUGGACUCGAAGUAGGAUAUGUUCUAGACAUUUUGAAAACAAAUAUUUUGACGCUCAGAGGAAGUUAAAAGAAAAUGCUAUACCUACCUUGUUUCCUGUUAACAGUUCUAAUAAAGUAACUGAUGUAACCACUCCAAGAACUAAAGUGGACAGGCUGCUAAAUAAAUUGACACAAGCAGAACUAAUGGCAGACAUAAAGAGUUCAUUGAGCAAAAUGAAGGAACCGGCAAAUUUAGAUAACUAUAUGAAUGAUGACUUUAAAUGUAGAUCGGACACUCCAGCUGAAGCACAACUUUGGAUAUUAGUAAAGAAGCAGGAUCAUCUGAAUACUCGGCUUGUGGAACAGGUUGCACAAAACAAGAAACAUGUAGAUGUAUUGCAAAAGAAUAUGGAAGAAGACAGAGCAUCUAAAAAAGAAAUGGAACAAAGUGUUGAGACUUACAAAUACAUAGUGAAGUGUUUACAAGAAAAACUUGCUACUCUUGAAGAACAAAUUGAAAUUUUAACAACUGUAGAGGCAAGAUAG